CUAGGUGGCUCGAGCUGCACGAUUGCUGAAGCGUUUGUUCACAAAACACUGUACACGGUAAAAGCGUCAAAUAUCGAUUUACAAAUGUAACCAAAUUUAUCGUUCUUCGAUCGGUCUUCCGGUUUCCAUUAAAAAGAUGUCUUCAAUAGCGUACCGUCAUUACGUCAUGUCUCUGAAUUAACUAUCCACGUUUUUACCUGCGAAUCUGAAAAGACAACGGGCAAACAAUUUCAUUACGAGCUCGAGAAAGUGUGAAAGGUCUCCACGCCACGGAAGGCUUGCGGUCGCGCGGAUGAAAGUGGAAUCGGCGGAAAUGCUCGCAAGCCCCGUGACGGAACAAUCGAACCGUGGAUAUUUAAGUGUCACCGGUUGCGACGUGGUCAUCAGUCGGAUGAUCGCAUCGAAGCCGGAUCGAGAUGCUGCGUGUCGCGUUUCCUGCCGCUGUUCUGCUAUUCUUGCUUCAACAGACAUGUCUCGCUCGGGAAUUGAACUCCAUUCGCGAUCGUCGAGAUGUCCAAACGGAAGACAGCGACGCGUUACGAUCGGUAGUCUCUGUCAGCCCAGUUCCAAGCUUAAACGUGGACGAAUCGAAGCAGGAUCUCGCCACGGCUGCCUCCGGCCAUCAAGGUCAUCAUCACGAGUCUGGAGGAGGACAGAGUCAUCACGCUGAUCAUCACGAAGAACAUGGCGAGGAAGGUGAGAAGGGAUACAAGAGUCAUCAUCAUCACGAUAAGAGUGACAAAGGUGAGCACGAUAAACAUCAUCAUUCCGGUCAUCACGAAGAACACGGUGGCCAGAAGAAAGGACACCACGAUGAACACGAGAAAUACGGAGAACAUCACGAGGGUGAGAAAGGACACAAGGGUGGAAAGUUUGGAGAGAAAAAGGGUCACAAGAAAGGUCACAAGACGAAAGGGUAUCAUAACAAGUUUCACAAGGACGAGUAUCAUAAAGAACAUAAGUUUUACGAUGAUUAUCAUAAGGGUGGCCAUCAUAAGAAGCAUGGUGACUUUUAUGGACAUCAUGAGAAGAAGGAAGGAGAGCAGAAGAAAGGUGGUCAUCAGCACGCUGGAUAUCACGAGGAUCAUCAUGGUAAGAAGGGUCAUCAUGAUAAGGGUCACCUGGACGAGGAGCAUAAAGGUCAUCAUGGGAAACACGGACACGACGAACAUUAUAGCCAUCAUGAUUCUUAUGGAAAGAAGGGUGACCAGCAUUCUGGCAAGAAAUACGGAUACAGCAAAGGACACAAAGGUUAA